GCGUUCCCCUCGUUCCGGUCCGUGCGGUGCCGUCGGCGCGGCCUGAGCGGGGGAGGCGGCGCCGGCACCGGGAUCGGGAUCGGGAUCGGGAUCGGGAUCCGGGUCGGGAUCGGGGCCGACACCGGGACCAUGUUCCGCCGCAAGCUCUCGGCUCUCGAUUACCACAACCCCGCCGGCUUCAACUGCAGGGAUGAAACAGAGUUCAGGAAUUUCAUUGUCUGGCUCGAGGACCAGAAAAUCAGACACUACAAGAUCGAGGACCGAGGGAAUCUGAGGAACAUCCACAGCGAGGACUGGCCCAAAUCCUUUGAGAAGUACAUGAAAGAUGUGAACUGCCCCUUCAAAAUACAGGAACGACAAGAAACGGUGGAUUGGCUCCUUGGCUUGGCUGUGAGGCUGGAAUAUGGAGAUAAUGCUGAUAAGUACAAGGAUUCCACCCCUGAUGGUGCUAAAAACGCUGACAACACAGCAAAAAAUGCAGAGCCACUGAUUAACCUGGAUGUGAAUAAUCCUGAUUUCAAGGCUGGAGUGAUGGCUUUGGCUAAUCUGCUGCAGAUCCAGAGACAUGAUGAUUACUUGGUGAUGCUCAAGGCAAUUCGGAUUCUGGUUCAGGAGCGCCUGACUCAGGAUGCCAUAGCCAAAGCCAGCCAGUCCAAGGAGGGUCUGCCUGUUGCUCUGGAAAAGCACAUUCUUGGAUUUGACACGGGAGACGCUGUUAUCAACGAAGCUGCCCAAAUUCUCCGCCUGCUGCACAUCGAGGAGCUCCGCGAGCUGCAAACCAAAAUCAACGAAGCCAUCGUGGCUGUCCAGGCCAUCAUUGCUGACCCCAAGACUGACCACAGACUGGGAAAAGUGGGGAGAUGAAGGGACAAAAGCUUUGCAGCUUUUUUUUUGCUUUUAGUGCAAUUUAGGAACCACGUACAGCUCCCGGGUCUGGCAUGCAGUUCGAAACGGGAUUAAUUCUCCUGUUUGGAAAGCAAACAGGAAAUUCUGACUUCUGAUGAAUUACCAGGGUUUUUUUUUUUUCUUUAAAUAAAUGAAAUUGAAGGAAACAAAUAGUUCUGGUGAGCUCUGAGUUGGGAAAUAGGA